ACAGAAAGCUGCAAACUUUGCCUCAUGUCUUCCCUUCCUUUCCUUCCUUUUCUUAUCCAAACACUCUUCUCAGCCAGUUUCCAACUUACCCUUUUCUUUUCCCUCUCAAAAGAAUCAACAAAUUAUGCAAUCUUCUUCCUGUUCUUCUUCUUCUUCUUCACUCCAACCACUACUCUCCUUCCCACCCAAUCACAAGCCUCUAACCUUCAUUGAAGUCUCCCCAGCUCAGGGCAUCUUCUUCAACAGAGCCAUCAGAAGAAAGUCUUGCUCUUCAAAGUCUUGGGUUUCUGUUCAUGCAGUAGAGAAGAAGAACUCUCAACAACAAGAAGAAGAAGAGCAAUAUGAGAUAGACCCAGAUCAGGCUAAGCAAGCCUUGCAGCAACUUGACCAGCAGCUCCAACAACUCUCCACAAAGCAAGUCUCCCCUCCAAAAGUUAAAGCUUCAGAAGUGAAGAUUACAAGGGAGCAAAUGAAGGAAGAGUUCAGGGAGAUUCCAGUAUCUGUGGUUCCAUAUGUUGUAGUAGUUCUGUUUGCCUUCAGCAUCUUCUACAAUAUUCUGUUCCUCACUGUGAUAAAGCCAGCCAUAGAUGGACCAGAGCUAACCCCUGGAGCUACAAUUAGGGUGGAAAUGGAACCAUCUAGGUACAGAAUUAUGCAGUUGAUGCAGCCAUUAAACCCUGAAGGGUUCCUGUAAUUAUGCUUACAUUACAUAUAUAGAGAUGAUUAUGAUCAAUGGUAUAUACCAAGAUUCAUUGUUAUCUGAUGCAUUUGAGAUAAUUGGUAUCAAGGCAAUGAAAGGUGAUGGGGCC